CGAAGGAGUGUGACGCAUAAAUCUCACGCCAACAGCAGGAACGUAGUGCUUGUGUUUGUGAGAAGCGAGGAGGAGCACGUUUGCAAAUUAUUAUUUUUUGGCAAUCCAAUUAAAAUAAAAACAGGUGAUAGUUGAUUUGUCAGUCCUUCCUGCGAGUGGAAAGAUUUGAGAGAAGAGCAACCCUGCGUUGAAAAGGACCCUGUGAGCGUGAAGCCCUGUCAGGAUGUCUCUGGCGGACGAGCUCUUAGCUGACCUCGAGGAAGCGCGUGAUGAAGAGGAGAGAGGAGACGGGGAAGGAGGCAGCGGGCUGGGGGAGGAGAGCGGCCCGGAGCUGGAGGAUAUCCAGGAGGAGAUGGAGACGGACUUCAGCGGAGCGGAGAGCGUCACAAGCAUCGCCAAGCUGAGGCACAGCAAGGGGUUUUCAGACAUCAUGGAGAAGGUUGGAGAGUAUGUCGAGAAACAACGGAAAAGUUCUGAAGUGACUGGUCCUGUUGAAGCGGACCCUGAGUACAGACUGAUUGUCGAUGCCAACAACCUGACUGUGGAGAUUGAUAACGAGCUGAAUAUCAUCCACAAGUUUGUUCGUGACAAAUACUCCAAGCGCUUCCCGGAGUUAGAAUCACUGGUGCCAAACUCGCUGGACUACAUCAGGACUGUGCAGGAGCUGGGUAAUAACCUGGAUAAGUGCAAGAACAACGAGAAUCUGCAGCAGAUCCUGACCAACGCCACCAUCAUGGUGGUCAGCGUGACUGCGUCCACCACGCAGGGUACGAUGCUAGCGGAGGAUGAGCUGAUCCGAUUGGUGGAAGCCUGUGACAUGGCCCUGGAGCUCAACCAAUCGAAGCACAGGAUCUACGAGUAUGUGGAGUCCAGGAUGUCCUUCAUCGCGCCCAACCUGUCAAUCAUUGUGGGGGCCUCGUCUGCUGCCAAAAUCAUGGGGGUAGCAGGAGGCUUGACUAACCUGUCCAAGAUGCCGGCCUGUAACCUGAUGCUGCUGGGAGCCCAGAGGAGAUCCCUGUCUGGGUUCAGCACCACCUCCCUGCUCCCUCACACUGGAUACAUCUACCACAGCGACAUUGUGCAGGCACUGCCAACGGACCUGCGUCGCAAAGCAGCUCGUCUGGUGUCUGCGAAGUGCACGCUGGCAGCACGAGUGGACAGCUUCCACGAGAGCACUGAUGGCAAGGUGAGGCUGCUUCCACACAGCUCCCAGCUGGAGAUGGGCAUCAGACCUGGGGUGGGCUAUGACCUGAAGGAGGAGAUCGAGAGGAAGUUUGAUAAGUGGCAGGAGCCCCCACCAGUCAAGCAGGUGAAGCCUCUGCCAGCCCCCCUGGACGGGCAGAGAAAGAAGAGAGGGGGCCGCAGGUAUCGAAAGAUGAAGGAGCGCUUGGGUCUGACUGAGAUCAGGAAGCAAGCCAACCGCAUGACGUUCGCUGAGAUUGAAGAGGAUGCCUAUCAAGAGGAUCUGGGCUUCAGUCUGGGUCAGCUGGGCAAGUCAGGGAGCGGACGAGUCAGACAGGCGCAGGUCAACGAGGUCACCAAGGCCAGGAUCUCCAAAUCACUGCAGCGCACGUUGCAGAAGCAGAGCAUGGUGUACGGAGGCAAGUCCACAGUGAGAGACCGAUCUUCUGGGACCAGCUCCAGUGUGGCCUUCACCCCCCUACAGGGUCUGGAGAUUGUUAACCCUCAAGCUGCUGAGAAGAAGGUUGCUGAAGCCAACCAGAAGUACUUCUCAAACAUGGCCGAGUUCCUAAAGGUGAAGCGAGAAGCUGACAGCAAACCCUGAGACUACAGCUCCCAGAGUGCACUGCUCCACCCGGAUAACCGCUCCCUCGCCAGCCCCACAACCGAGAGUCCCGUUCAGAUACACAAGUUCACACAUGCUCCGGACUACAGUUCCCAGAAGCCAUUGCACAGUUUGGGGGGAAAACAGAAUAUUUGCUGUGGGUCACAAAAGAAGUUGACACACAGCCCAUAAUCCUUUUCGUUACAUUCUGCAGUUCCCAGAAGCCAUUGUUUAGUAUGGGAUACAAAUAGAUUGCAUUUUUACCACUGUGAAUAAGAUGAUUAAAUCCACUUCAGUACCUUUCUCUCUGCUUCUCCUCAUCGCUGAUAUGUGAACUUCUGUGUUUCGCAUGUCUGUGGCAGGAAAGCACUUUUUAACACACACUUUACCAAACUGUAAGAACAGUAUUUAAAUAACUGCCAUCAGAACUACUCAUGGUGGUUCCAGCGUCAUGAAAAUGAAGCUGCAUCGAUGUUUGGAGAUAUGGAUUGACCUAGCAAGUAGAAAAUAUAUUGGGAAACGAAAUUCAGAUCCACAGUGAUCAGGGGAGCAGUGAAAUUAGCCCCGUGGUUCAGGCAGUAACCUUUAUUAUUCAAACUGGCUGUUAACCUGUAAAGUGGAUUUGUUUUGGAUAGUGCUGAACAAACCCAUGUAUUAUUUGGAUAGCGCUCUCCACAGGCCACUGGUGUGGAUCGGGCUGAGAAACAGCUGCUUGGGUUUGUGUGGAUCGCUGUUCUUCACAGAGUCUAAGAAUAGCAGGGAUCAUCAGAAACCCAAGCAGCAGUUUCUCCACUCUUCACUCUGAAUGGUGAAUCAGCCUGAUCGACACCAGCGCCCCUCCCCUUGUUUCUGUGGAGAGCUCGAUCCUAAUAAUGCGUUUGUGCCGCACUAGUUUCAGGUAAUGGAGAUCUAGCUGUAUUUGAUAAAGACUUUCUCAAUCAAACCUGCAUCUUGUUAAAUGUAACUGAAACAUGUUUUACUGUACUGUGUGGAGACUGGGGGCUGCUUCACUCGUUCUCUGUGACAGAAGAGCACCGCGAGAUAGCGGAGGUGUUCUGAGGAUUCAGGUUUUACUGUACUGGAGAGGUGAAAGGGGUUUUCAAACCUUACAGACUUCACUAUCCUGAGAUCAGCUUCACAUCUGGGUCUCAUUGUUUUAAUAAGCAUGUCCUGUAUUUAAGUUUUAAAUAUUGGUGUCAAACCUUAUUUUUUUUAAUAAAUAACUUGUCCUGG